GCAAAGAUAACUCUUGCAAACCGAAAAGAAAAGUUGACAGAAACCGCAGAUUUGUUGUGGAAUUAUUGUCAUACAUAAACUCCAACCAGUAAUGUUAAUAUACUGAUGGUCUACAGUCUUUAGUGUAUUUGGGUAAUGUUUUAAGUAUUGUCCAGACUAAUGUCUACACUGUGCAGGUUUUGUGCUCGCAAACUCAGAAGAAAUGUUUUCAAAGCUUCAUUGCAUCGGAUCAUGUUCCCGAGUUUACUUCAUCGGAAUCGGUUUACAACUGACACCAGCAGUGUCCUCUCGGAGAUGUCAGCAUGGCAGAUUCACCAGUACGGGGGAAACGAAGAACUGAGUUUGUCAACCACCUCUCGAGUCCCAUACAUUGAUCACCCUAAUGACAUUGUAGUUAAAGUGCAUGCAGCCAGUGUCAACCCAAUUGAUGUUCAUAUGAGAAGUGGAUAUGGCCAAGUUGCUAUCAACUUGCUGAGGAAACAGUGUGGCAGGUUAAGGACCGGUUCAGAGUUUCCAUUAAUACUUGGCAGAGACUUCGCUGGUGUUGUUAUGGAAACUGGUCAAAACGUGAAGACAUUAACAGUUGGAGAUGAGGUUUGGGGGGCCCUUGGUGCUCACAGACAAGGAACGCAUGCUCAAUAUACAAUCACAUCAGAAACCGAGGUGUCUAAGAAACCAGAAUCUCUGAGUCACGUGCAGGCAGCUGCUGUUCCGUAUGUGGCUGCCACGGUAUGGGCCGCACUGUGCAGUGUUGGAGGACUCCGUGAGAACAGUACCACUGGUAAAAGAGUUUUCAUUACUGCUGGUUCAGGUGGUGUUGGAUCCUUUGCAAUACAGCUGCUGAAGACGUGGGGAGCCGAUGUGACGACAACAUGCAGUACCGAUGCUGUAAACUUUGUGCGAGAACUUGGUGCCAGUGUCGUCAUAGACUAUAAAACACAGAAUGUCUUUGAUGAGCUUAACAAUCUCAAGGGGUUUGAUUUUGUUUUUGACACACUUGGUGGUGAUGCUAGUGUUUAUGCAGAUAUCUUGAAGAAGUGGGGAAAUGCCACGUAUGUCAGUAUCAAACCUCCACUGCUAUUAAACACAGACAAGCUUGGUCUUGUAGGUGGGGUUUUGAAGACGGUUGGAAGCCUGGGUUGUAAUGCAUUACAGGGUUUCUGUGAUGGCAGAAACAUUCGAUGGGCAUUGUUUAUGCCAAAUGGAAAAGCCUUAGGGAAAGUCGCCAAGCUGGUGGAACAGGGUCAUAUUAACCCUGUUGUAGAAAAAGUUUUUACUUUCGAAGAAGUACCAUCUGCUUUUGAAAAAGUAGCCAAUGGACACGCACGAGGAAAAACUGUGAUCCAGAUUUUAUAGCUUGUGAAAGUAUAUAUAUCUAUAUGAAUGUUUGACUCAAGUUUCUUGCUUGAUACGGUUAUUAUACCAAGUGAAGUGUGUUAAUCAUGUAUUUCUCAAACUACAUAGUAAUGAGUGACAGUGUCUACCAACAUUUGAGCAGUGUCUACCAGCCUCAGUGAUACAGUGAUUAAACAUUUGGCUUUAAGACUGAUAGAUGUUGGGUUCGACUCCCAUUACCAUCUCCAAUCCAUAGAGUGCACCUUUUGAGUUUUUUUUUUUUUAGACAGACAAUCCAGAAAGCAGAGAAUUGUAAUAAAUGAAAGGAAGUACACAGAAUUAAAUGUUUCGACUAAAAUAAUCUGCAUCAGUGAAUAAAUAAAUAAUUUGUAGUGUAA